AUGGGAUCCUAUUAUUCCAAAACCCAGAACCUUGACCACGUCGGUGGUAAACGAAGACGUUCAAUUGAAGAUGAUACUGAACCUCCUCAAGCCAAGAGAGCUUGUACCGCCCAGACUCGAGACGAGCCGCGGAUUAUCUCCCUCUCGGAAGCCGCUGCUAUUCAAGAUGAAUUGAUCAGAAGGUAUCCCCCCCCAGCCAGUGAAGCCGAGUCCGAAGAGCAGGAAGACGAGCAGGAAGACUUGCACGGCGCCAGCAUCGGCGAGCAGCUCCAGAAGCUCACAGAUGAUGCAAUGCGUGCACAAGGAAACAUGAAUGACAUCAACGACUGGUUUAACAAGCGGGUGGAUGUCCACAACCAUGGGCAGAUUUUUAAUGUCGAGCACGAAGGGAAUCUUGAAUUGUUGCUCAAUCUCAUGAAGGUCGAUCUUUCCGUCAUGACUGCACGAAUUGACGAUAUGAUCGAUGAUAUCCAAAGUACCAGUCAUUGA